CCCUGCCUCGACGACAAAGUAGAAUGGAUGCUGACGAGCUAAGAAAAGUUUUUGAAAUGUUCGACCAGAACAGCGAUGGUCGGAUCACCACGGAGGAGCUGAAUGAUUCAUUGCGUAACAUGGGAAUCAUCAUAUCGGAGGGGGAGUUGACCCAAAUGAUCGAGAAAAUUGACGAGAAUGGGGACGGGUGCGUGGACGUUGAUGAGUUUGGGGCGCUGUACCAAUCCAUCAUGGAUGAGCGGGAUGAUGAGGAUGACAUGAGGAAGGCAUUCGAUGUGUUUGACCAGAAUGGCGAUGGGUUCAUCACCGUUGAUGAGCUAAAGUCGGUGCUGGCAUCACUAGGGCUCAAGCAAGGCCAGGCUGUCGAGGACUGCGAGAAGAUGAUCAUGAAGGUGGACGUGGAUGGCGAUGGAAUGGUGAAUUUCACAGAGUUCAAGAAGAUGAUGAGAGGGGGUGGAUUUGCCGCAUUGACCUGAAAAACAUGCAAUUGUGUACAUUAGUUAUUCCA